CCCCGCGCGUCGCCGGAGCAGCCCGCCGGCUCGCUCCCCGCCUCGAUCUCCUCCUUCCCCUCCUCCGCCAGAGACGGCCGCGCUAGCUGGUGGCGCCCAGGGUUCAUCCUCCCCUCGGAGAUCCGUCCGGGAUUUGAUCAUAAUGGGAGAGAACAAAUCGAUGGGAAAAAUAUGGGAGGACAUGGAAACUGAUGUCCUCGUGAAGAUAUUUAAGGAGUUAAACUUGGUUGAGCUGUCACCAGUGUCUCAAGUUUGUCGCUCAUGGCGUUUAGCCUGUUCAGAUCCGCUUAUAUGGGGCACCCUUGACUUUGGGCUGCUAAUAUCCAACUUCAUUCAAACAAGAGCAUCUCCAUAUAUUUGGGUUGAUGAUAGAUCUGACAAGAGACUUUCAAAAAUACUACGGUUGGCAAUGGCAAUUAGCCGUGGAAAUGUUAAUUGUAUGAUAUUCCAUUACAAUCUGUACAUGAAAGAUGAACACCUGAAUUAUAUCUCACAAAGGUCUCCUCACCUAAAACGACUGGUUAUGCCAGCAUGGAACCGCAUUUCAAAAGAUGGAAUAUGCAUGGCUAUUCAAAGAUGGGAGGAACUAGAGUCCUUAACUAUGCCUUCCAUUGGUUAUCCUCCAUAUAUCAUGGAGGAGUUAGCCAAGAAAUGCAAGAACUUUAAAGAACUCAAGGUCAUGGGUUCAUUUGAUCUCCUAUUUGCUUCAGCAGUUACCACCUACCUUCCAAAGCUGAAAGUCUUGAGCCUCCGUUGCUCAAAAGUGACAAUGGGUGCCCUGCUAUGUGUUCUUAACUCGAUGGAACAUCUUGAGGUUCUCAAUAUUUCCCACUGCUUGCUGUUUGAGAUCGCGACGAAUGGGCGGAGGCAAGUGAUUCAUGAGCUAGAUAACAACACUCUUGAGAGAGCUUCCCAGUUGCGGGAGUUCCACCACUGCCAGAGCAGACAAUGCGUCGCAUGUCAGCGGAUGAUGCUGGAUGAUGGUAUCUUGCGGUGGUACAGAUAUGAGGAUUGGUUUUGGCGGCGGGAUGAGGUGAGCUCGCUUGAUCUGAAGGACUAUGGGAGGCUGUUUGGUGCACAGUGUGAGAUGUUGACAUCGGUUGAUUAGAUGCUAAUUGAGAAAUAAAACCUACCUCCUCGUUUUAGACGCUUGUGAUGACGAGCCAGUCAUUCAUAUAGCCAAGAAUCGUUAAGCUGUAACCGUAGAGAAAUAAUGGUACUCCAUAAUAAUAAUGUGCAUGCAUGGUGGUGUGGGUAGCUUAUCUUGUAAAUUGAUGGAUAUUCUGUCUUUGUUUGAAGGUGUUGUGCAUCUCUAUGGGGCCCAGAAUGUAAAACUCAGAACCAUAUGCUUUCAAUUGAUGUUUGUGUUGGACUUGGAUUUA